GUUCGUUCAUAUUUGCUUUUAUUCAUAUGGUACCAAACAUGGUCGAGGAUGAUCUAUCUUGUUUGACGUUUGCAAUUCAUAACAAUAAAGGGGCGCUGUCUCUUUUUUCUAACUGUCAAUUUACGGGCGUGUUACGUGUGUAAUUAAAAACUGGCAUUUAAAUAUUCAUUACAGAUCGGUUAGAUGACGCCGACGGCAAGACGCCGUGAUUUGACAGGUCAUGGGGGCCUGUUUCGGCCGAUGUUUUGCCAAAGUCACCGACUCGUUAUCGUACAGGUUGUAUCACAGGCAUACCAGCAUGUCCUGCCAAGGAGACGAACGAGCUGAGUUUAUAGAUGGAGAAGAAGAUAAAGAACAACCUAAAGGAUCAAAAACUCUGUUAUCGUUUCUCUCCUUAAAGCAAUUUAAGAAAAAACAUGGAGUUCCUGUGACUUUAGAGUUAUUAGACGAAGGGGGAUGGCAAAGAGGUUCUAACAAAUAUGCCAGAUUAAAUUCUAGAAAUGAUCCUUCUACAAGUUCUGGUUUAGACACACCAUUACAAAUACUUGAUGUACGAAACUUAAUGAAACAGCAAACUUGUGUUUCCUCUACACCUGGCUCCUCAUUAGAUCUUGAAUGGGAACACGAAGGGUUGCCACUGCCAGUUAUGGAUAAUGAUAAAAUUAGUACAGAUGGAUCACAAACUUCAAUUAAUAAUAGUCAGCCUUCUAGUUUGACAGCAUCUCCCUGGUCUAGAGUAUCAACACCAAACAGUUUAGAAUGGGAUCCUGUAGAAGCAGAUAUGGUAUGUGUUGAUAUGGAGACUGAGCAGCUUUUGACUGAAAUAGAGCGAUUAACAGAUAGGGCUUUAAAAGAAACAGGAGAAUGGACUAAUGAUAGCUGAUAGAAGAUCCAUUUGUAUUUAAGAGGAUUGUUUGUAUUUUUCUAUUAUAUAAAAUAUACAACACGAGGGGGGAGGGAGAAAGAGAGAGAAAAGUGUAAAAUAAUAGAUGGCAAAAAAUGUUCUACUAUUUUCAUUUUUCUUCAUUGAAAUGAUAGAAUUUAAAUUGUUACAAAUAAUUUAGAUUGUAAAAUCUAUAAAAAUUGAUAAAAAGAAAUUUGGCAAAAGAAAUUCAAAAGUACCAUGAUCA